AUGGAGAAGAAGUUGAAGCAGUCGUGCGAUGCAACUAAGGCCGCGAGUGCGAUCACCGCGAGGACGGCGGAGCUGGAGACAGAGUUGGCAACGCUCCAACAUGACUCCAUAUCGGAUAUGAGAGCCACCGAGGAGAUGAUGGCUGAGGCUGCUAAGCUUAGGAAGCUGCUACCAGAGAUGGAAUCUAAGAGCUCGGAUAUGGAGGAGUGGGUUAAGGAGAAACUAAGCUUGCAGGAGAUACUGAAGAAGUCUAAGGGGAGAGAAAAGAGCUUGGAAUUGUUUGUUGCUCGGUUGAAGGAAGAAGCAGGAGUGGCUGAGAAUGUGGUCAGAGGACUAAACCAGAAGGUUGAUACUGAGAAUAGUGGAGUGAAUGAAAAUAGGGUUAUUGUAGGGAUGGGAAUCGGGUGA